AACGUCAUUCGCCCGAUCGUUCCGACAAACCUGAUCGGGGAGAUGGAUAAAGCUGGUCCAUCCCGGUCUAGAAGGAGCCGGUCCCGUAGGUCACAGACAAAGGUGACCUCGGACGGGGAUGUGCGUUCAGUGCACAGCAAAGACGAGGAUUGGGACGUCCCCCAGGCGAUCAAGAAGUUGAAGGGAAAGGCAGUUCAGCUAGAAGGAUCUAGGAGGUCGGCCUUUCUGAGACUUGGCCAUGAUGGCCGAAAUCAGAACCGGCGAACGGAGCCAUCCCCACGCGAUGAGCCCCAGCACAGCCGGGCACCACGAGAGGAAGAAGCCGAAAGCCACCCCAGGCACACGACCCGUUCACAUGUUGAGCAACCUCGGGAUCGUGUGGGCCGGGUCGAGGCACGUCUGGAGAAACUACAACGCCGGGUAGACCGAGAAGAAAAGAAGAAGAUUCUGCUGAAUGAAUCUCCGUUUACAUACCGGGUUCAUGAAACACCAUUUCCAAAGAAGGCGAAACUUGAAGUGCCGAAUUUCACCGGGAAAGAGGACCCGGAAAUUCACGUCAAAACCCUCCAUCAAAGUGGGCGGAUGAUGGGUCUUUCCGGGGAUGAGAAAUGUUUGCUUUUCUUUCAGACCCUCCGCGGCCGAGCCGCCGAGUGGUUUCAUAACUUACCGGCCGGUGAAAUCGAUUCUUUCGAUGAACUGGCUGAGGUGUUUCAAGAAAAGUUCAAAGAAAACUGUACUAAGAGGAAAAAGUUUACCUACUUGAGUACAGCCGGGCAGCGAGAGCACGAGGAUCUGACAAAAUUCCUCACCCGGUGGAAGGAUGAGGUUGACAAGGUGGAGGAGAUGGACGACAAGACAGCAAUGACCCUCCUUGUAUCCGGGCUCCGAUCCGGAGAACUAUACAAAGAAUUCUGCAGGAGGCCUCCCCAGUCCUAUCAAGAGACCUAUAACACGGCCUGGGACUAUGCUGACGCUGAAGCCCAGAUGUCAUCCAAGAGGGAAGCCGAGCAGGGCCACUCAAAGGGAAAAGUUUCCUUGAAAAAGAAAAUUACAUUGCCCGGUAAGAUAAAAGCAGAAGUCAUGGAGGUAAAACCGGUCAAAACAGAGAAGAAACUGACCGGCGAGAAACAAUGGACGGAGAAGUAUUGCUCCUUUCACAAAACUGAUUCCCAUAACACUGCAGAGUGUAACAGUGUGAAGGGGGUAAUAAAGCAGAUGAUUGAGGCCGGUGAGAUUGAUCCUGA